UUAGAGGCACUCUGGUGGGUUGGAUCCCUCUGGUUGUCAUCUAUAUACCUUCUGGCUUGUUUUUCACACUGAUUUUUUACUUCCUGAUGGAAAAACAUUGAAACACUGAACUGGGUCUUCAGACUGUUAUUUCCAAGUCGCCGUGAGUGCCACCUAUGCCUAUUACAGCAUUGGAGUGCCAGUAGGAUGGUGAAGUUAAGUUACAGGUUCCUAACACUGGACUUAUUGAAAAAGUACAAACCACCCACCCCUAGGAUGCACACUGCUAACACAACUGCCCCUCAAUACCCGUCUGUUCCUCCCUCAACCACUGCUUCCAACUUUAAUGAACUCUUAAGACUGAUUGACUGGCCUGAGCCACCAUCCACUGUGACACACUAUAAUCUAUCUACCAGCCCCGGACACUGUGAUUACCAUCUGCUGAAUGCACGGGACACGUACUGGAUUGGGGAGACGUUGGAGGUGCUCAUCACAGUUCGGGACCACCAUGGUCGGCCAAAGGAAUAUGGUGGAGAUUACUUCCGAGCCAAGCUGCACUCUCCGGCACUGAAGGCUGGAGUGACUGGACACGUAAAGGACCAUGGUAAUGGCAGCUAUCUGGCCACGUUCCUCCUCCCAUGGCCAGGGAGAGCAGAGGUGCAAAUCCGGCUCAUUCACUCCAGUGAGGCUGUAGAUGUUUUGAAGAAGAAGAGGGAGAACCACCCAGAGAAGGUCUAUUUCUAUGGAUACUUCCAAUUUAACGGCAGCAGUGAGGUAAUGGAGUGUAACCUGGAACUGCCGGGAAAGGACGUGUGCACAUACAGGGACCCCGUCUCCGGUGAUUCGUGGCAGUGUAUGCGACCACGGAAGCUGCCGUGUGACUCCUGGAUCUAUCACUCCAUGGGUGGAUACCGCAGAGUGACAGACCAACUAGAGGACUCUCUGCUGAGUGGCCCUGUCACCGACAAGAUUAUCUCUGGCAAAGUUUCUCCAAUCAAUGUCACCUCAGAUAACAUCUCAUUGGAACUCACCUCAAAGCUCUCCACCUGCAGACCUGGCCAGGAACCUACACAGCCAUCUGGCUUUUAUUAUGGUGACAACUGGAGAUCCUUUACUUGUCUGGGUCGGUAUUUUCCUCAGCCAUCUGAUGCUCUUGCCUGUCUCAAGAGGAAGGACAUCCACAUGUUUGGAGACUCCACUCUACGCCAGUGGUUUGAGUAUUUGGAGAGAUUCAUUCCCAGUCUGCAGAGGAUAGACUUGCAUGGUAAUUAUCAGUCGGGACCUCUGCUAGCUGUGGAUGCUACUGCUGGUCUAGCUGUACGAUGGAGGGCCCAUGGACUUCCCAUAAGGACCACCAAGACUAUGGUUUCUGACAUACACUAUGAGGAAGCCCACUUAUCUGGCAUCAGUGGAGGACCUUAUACAGUCAUUGUGAUGACCCUAUGGGCCCACUUUACCACCUUCCCUGUACGGGUGUAUUUAGAAAGAUUGGACCGGGUCCGCAAGGCAAUUGAAUCUUUACUUUUCCGUAGCCCUCAGACCACCGUGAUAAUUAAAUCAGCCAACACGGGUUAUAAGUCAAUUUAUGGCAGUGACUGGUUGUCUCUUCAGCUGGACAUCUUACUGAGGGCAACCUUCAAGGGAAUGACUGUCACUAUCCUGGAUGUCUGGGACAUGACCUCCUGUCACUAUCUCCCUGACGACAUCCACCCGGGGCCUCCAGUCAUCAGGAAUGAGGUGGACCUUAUGUUGUCCUACAUAUGUCCACAGUGAGGGUCAGGAUCAUCAGUUACUAUUGAAUACAUACUACUAUCCUGUGGUUUGGUAUGGACAUCUGGUGGCCAUGGGAAAACAGCCAGGUAAUCCCAAGAUUGGCACUUCAAACAUUACUCUGAUUUCAGAAGUGUUACAUU